GUGUUUACCCUACAUUUGCAUGCAAUUCAUGUGAACUGAUUUACAAUAUGCACUCUUUCAAACUGUGUUUUGUAAUGUACCCAACAGCAACAUCCAUUCAAAAACUGAUAAUCUCAUCAUUUCAAGAAAGUCGUCUUCUUGAUGAAAAAGCCUUUCAAACCAGACAAAGGCGAAGUUCACCCGUGACCUCCAUCCGUGGCUUUACGUUCCAUCGACAAACUGAUACAGAGACCCAAGAGAUAGGACAUGCUGCUGAGGUUUUUCAAUCAACUCUGCAAGAGCUUCACAAAAAAAUGAAGCAGAGGUAUAAAAGGGAUAUCACAGAAACAGGUUUACUUUCCUGGGAGCAUGUGGAACUGAUCGCAGAGCUGUCAGGAUGUCCACCUCCAGUGCAUCCAGCCAUCUGCCAGUAUAGUCACCUCAGCAAGUAUCGUUCCAUCAGUGGCAUGUGCAACAACAGGUACAAUCAUCUGUGGGGAGCAGCCAACAUCCCUUUGGUAAGGUGGCUUCCACCUCACUAUGAAGAUGGAAUGCGACAACCCAAAGGUUGGAACAGAGGAAGGCUCUAUAAUGGGUUCCAGCUCCCCAUGCCAAAGGAAGUCAGCAGAAACAUCAUGGAGAGCGCUAUCAAAUGUAAAGAUGAUACCUACUCUCAUAUGCUUGUGGAGUGGGGCCAGUACAUUGACCAUGACAUAACGCUGACUCCUCAAAGCCCUGGGAAACCUGGAGAUGACUGCCUGAACACUUGUAAAAAUAUGUAUCCCUGCUUUCCAAUCCAGGAGCAUGAUAUCCUCUCAAGUACACAAACCUGCAUGCCUUUCAAUCGCUCUUUGCCAGCUUGCUUCAACAGCUUUGGGCCUGACAUCUCUCAAGCCUUGCAGCAACAACAGAUGAAUGCCAUCUCAUCCUUCAUUGAUGGUUCUGUUGUGUAUGGCUCUUGUCCAAAAGUGAACAACUUUCUUCGAGAUCUCUGCGGACUUAAUGGGAAACUAACUGUUAAUGAUCACUUUAAGGACAGCAAAGAAAGACCAUACCUACCUUUCAAAGAAUCUCUGCAAUCAGCCUGUCUUCAUAGUGAGGGAAAUUUGGCAUGUUUCUGCGCUGGUGACAGCCGGGUCAACGAGGGCCUGCCUCUGGCCAGUUUGCAUAUGCUGUGGUUGAGGCAACACAAUCAAAUAGCAGAGACACUUAAACACCUCAACGGUCACUGGAAUGCGGAGACCAUAUACGAAGAAACACGCAAGAUUAUUGGGGCUCUGCACCAGAUUAUCACCAUGAGAGAUUAUGUUCCAAAAGUAAUUGGUAAAGAAUUUUUUGACAAUUAUAUUGGACCCUAUGGAGGAUAUGACCCAACUGUGGACCCAUCUGCCUCGAAUGUUUUUGCCACAGCAGCAUUCCGGUUUGGUCAUGCAACUAUCUCCGCAAUCGUCAGGAGACUCAAUGAGAGCUACCAGGAACAUGAAUGUUUCCCCAGCCUGUUGCUGCAUGAUACCUUCUUUAGUCCAUGGAGAAUAAUCAAAGAAGGGGGGAUUGACCCAAUCCUGAGGGGUGCAAUUGGAACGGAAGCAGCAGCCAUUCGUUCAAACAAAUUGUUGACGAACGAGUUGACACAGAGGCUGAUUGUUUUAGCUAUUCCACAACAAAUGGACCUGGCUUCACUGAACCUUCAGAGAGGACGGGAUCAUGGUCUCCCAGGAUACAACGAUUGGAGGGAUUUUUGUGGAAUGGAGCGCAUCAGGACACUCGAAGACUUUAAACAGGUUGUAAGUGAUGCCAGUGUUGCUGAGAAGAUACUUCAACUGUAUAAACAUCCUGACAACAUUGACGUAUGGCUAGGAGGACUUGUUGAGACAUUUCUAGCAGGCUCAAGAACUGGCCCUGUGUUUGCAUGCCUCAUUGCUAAACAGAUGAAAGCACUUCGUGACGGUGACAGGUUUUGGUGGGAAGCAGAUGGUAUGUUCAGCCAACCGCAGAAGGAUGAACUUAUAAAAGUUUCACUGUCUAAGAUCAUCUGUGACAAUACAGACAUCACAGAGGUCCCACCAGAUGCCUUCAUAUUUGGGAAGUACCCAUCGGGUUACAUCUCAUGUGACAAUUUACCAGCAAUGAAUUUGGAGGCAUGGAGAGAGGAAAAAAGUGAAGAUUUAAGGCGUUGUGGCUCUCCAGGACAGAUCAAGAAUGGUGAUUAUGAACUGUUGUCUACAUCUGGCAAACUGGUGGUCCUGUACUCCUGUUACCAUGGCUUUAAAUUAACGGGUGAUGCAUUAAUUGCUUGUGAAGGAAAUCAGUGGAGUGACAAACUUCCGCAUUGUGAAGAUGUGUGACAUUUAGCGUAAGUACUGAAUAUCAAAUAGCACUCUUUACAGUAGCUUUUUGCAAGUUGUUUUCUCGCAAC